AUGGCGUUGACCACAUCAUGGAUGCCGUGUCAGCUGAAAAUCGAGCCGAACAUCUGCAGCUUGGACUAUGACGGCAUAAUCCUGGUGUCAGGUUGUGCGCCGGGGUUCGACGAGCCCGAGCCGUUCAAAACGGUGCUGUUCAGCGCUGCCCAGAUCGAUUCCGCCCUGGGCGUGAUCGGUGCGGUUUUGCCCAUCAAUUUGCCCGCGAAAAGGCUCAUUUACAGCCCGACCGGCCCGCUCAACAUGGAUUAUCAUGACGUUCGCAGCUUCUCCGAGGCGGCCACCAGAGGCGUCGAAAGAGCGUUGAAGGCCGGCGUCAGGUGUCCGCUGCUCGCCCUCCUACCGGACAUCCGCUUCGAGAACGUCGAGCUGGUCACGCUUCUCGGUGCUCUGCAAGGCCUCUACGUGCCGCUAGAGGUGCGAGAGAUAUGUCCGGACCGAUGCUACAAGGCGUGUCAGCUGGCAGUCUGGAGUCCGAUUUGCAGUAAGAAGCUUCAGGGUAUCGUGAAGCUAGCCGCGGCGCUCGAGAGUGGAAGAUACGUCGCAAGGGACAUCGGCGGCGCAGAUCCCGAAAGAAUGACACCACCGAGAGUCGAAGAGUACCUGGCCGAGUUGUUUUACGGGACGAACGUGACGAUGCAGGUGGUGUCCGACCAGGAGACCCUGCUUCAAGAGUAUCCCCUGUUCGCGUGCGUGAACCGCGCUGCCUCGAUGAUCCCUCGGCACGCGGGCAGGAUUAUCUUUCUGACCUACGAGCCGCCUAAUCCAGCCUGCAUCCUCGAGACGGUCAUGCUCGUGGCGAAGGGCGUGACUUACGACACCGGUGGCACCGACCUCAAGGUCGAAGGCAAGAUGUUCGGUAUGUCGAGGGACAAAUGCGGAGCAGCGGCGUGCGCCGGAUUCAUGCAGGUGGUGAAUCUACUGCAACCACCGACGGUGAAGGCUGUGGCGGCUCUGUGCGUGGUACGGAACAGCAUCGGUGAGAAUUCUUACGUCGCCGACGAGGUGAUCACCGCGAAAUCCGGCGCCAGGGUACGUGUCACGAAUACGGACGAAGACGGUCACUUGAUCAUGGCCGAUGCCCUCUACCACAUGAAAGAAAUGGCCCUCUGUUCAGUUAAUCCGCAUCUUUUCACCGUAGCGACCCUGACUGCUCAUGCGAUACUCGCCGUUGGUCCCGGAUACUCGAUCGCCAUGGACAACGCGGUGGCGCGUUUAGUCAGCAACGCCGAGAAGCUUCAGGCUUCCGGCGAGACAAUGGGCGAUCCGUUCGAAAUAUCGAGAAUACGAAGAGAGGAUUUCCAUUUCCACCAAGGUCGAACAGAAGGUGACGACAUUUACCAUGCACCGCCCGAGGGCAGCAAAACGGUGAACAGAGGGCACCAAAAUCCGUCCGCAUUUUUAAUUAUGGCUUCUGGCUUGGACAAGGGAUAA